UGUCAAGAUCUUUUGUCCCUCGGCAGACACCGUUUGCCAGCCAAAGCUCUGUCUCCGCGUUCACCGACUUCAUAGGGUGCCGAAUUCUUUUUUCCCCUAGCUUGCCAUGGCGAGCCGAGGGGCUCGUCAGCGCCUGAAGGGCAGUGGGAGCAGCGGUGGGGACUCGGCCCCGGCCGCGGACAAGCUGCGGGAGCUGCUGGGCAGCCGUGAGGCGGGCGGCGCGGAGCACCGGACUGAGUUAUCUGGGAACAAAGCAGGACAAGUCUGGGCACCCGAAGGAUCUACUGCUUUCAAGUGUCUGCUUUCAGCAAGGUUAUGUGCUGCUCUCCUGAGCAACAUCUCUGACUGUGAUGAAACAUUCAACUACUGGGAGCCAACACACUACCUCAUCUAUGGGGAGGGAUUUCAGACUUGGGAAUAUUCCCCAGCCUAUGCCAUUCGCUCCUAUGCUUACCUAUUGCUUCAUGCCUGGCCAGCUGCAUUUCAUGCAAGAAUUCUACAAACUAAUAAGAUUCUUGUCUUUUACUUUUUGCGAUGUCUUCUGGCUUUUGUGAGCUGUAUUUGUGAACUUUACUUUUACAAGGCUGUGUGCAAGAAGUUUGGGUUGCAUGUGAGCCGAAUGAUGCUAGCCUUCUUGGUUCUCAGCACUGGCAUGUUUUGCUCAUCAUCAGCAUUCCUUCCUAGUAGCUUCUGUAUGUACACUACGUUGAUAGCCAUGACUGGAUGGUAUAUGGACAAGACUUCCAUUGCUGUGCUGGGAGUAGCAGCUGGGGCCAUCUUGGGCUGGCCAUUCAGUGCAGCUCUUGGUUUACCCAUUGCCUUUGAUUUGAUGGUCAUGAAACACAGGUGGAAGAGUUUCUUUUAUUGGUCGCUGGUGGCCCUCAUACUCUUUCUGGUGCCUGUGGUGGUCAUUGACAGCUACUAUUACGGGAAGUUGGUGAUCACACCACUCAACAUUGUUUUGUAUAAUGUCUUCACUCCUCAUGGACCUGAUCUUUAUGGUACAGAACCCUGGUAUUUCUAUUUAAUUAAUGGAUUUCUGAAUUUCAAUGUAGCCUUUGCUUUGGCUCUUCUAGUCCUACCACUGACUUCUCUUAUGGAAUACCUGCUGCAGAGAUUUCACGUUCAGAAUUUAGGCCACCCAUAUUGGCUUACCUUGGCUCCAAUGUAUAUUUGGUUUAUGAUUUUCUUCAUCCAGCCUCACAAAGAGGAGAGAUUUCUUUUCCCUGUGUAUCCACUUAUAUGUCUCUGUGGUGCUGUGGCUCUCUCUGCACUUCAGCACAGUUUUCUGUACUUCCAGAAAUGUUACCACUUUGUGUUUCAACGAUAUCGCCUGGAGCACUAUACUGUGACGUCGAAUUGGCUGGCAUUAGGGACUGUCUUCCUGUUUGGGCUCUUGUCAUUUUCUCGCUCUGUGGCACUGUUCAGAGGAUAUCAUGGGCCCCUUGAUUUGUAUCCAGAAUUUUACCGAAUUGCUACAGACCCAACCAUCCACACUGUCCCAGAAGGCAGACCUGUGAAUGUCUGUGUAGGAAAAGAGUGGUAUCGAUUUCCCAGCAGCUUCCUUCUGCCUGAUAAUUGGCAGCUUCAGUUCAUUCCAUCAGAGUUCAGAGGUCAGUUACCAAAACCUUUUGCAGAAGGACCACUGGCUACCCGGAUUGUUCCUACCAACAUGAAUGACCAGAAUCUAGAAGAGCCAUCCAGAUAUAUCGAAAUCAGCAAAUGCCAUUAUUUAGUGGAUUUGGAUACCAUGAGAGAAACACCCCGGGAGCCAAAAUAUUCAUCCAAUAAAGAAGAAUGGAUCAGCUUGGCCUAUAGACCAUUCCUUGAUGCUUCUAGAUCUUCAAAGCUGCUGCGGGCAUUCUAUGUCCCCUUCCUGUCAGAUCAGUAUACAGUAUAUGUAAACUACACCAUCCUCAAACCCCGGAAAGCAAAGCAAAUCAGGAAGAAAAGUGGAGACCGGAGAAGAGCAGAACCAACUUACAGGAAGAAUUGAAAAUCGUGGGACUGGAUGGCUGUGUUAAGCUGUUCUCCACACUCUGGCCUGGCAUCUGAGAACUAGCAAGCCUCUCUUAGGCCAUAUGGGCUUCUCCACCAAAGCUGUUUGGCAGCUCCUAGCAGACCUUCUUGUUCAAAUCCUCAUGCUGUAAAUGAAUACAGCCUAGUUGCCAACCCACAUGUCCUUUUCACCUCCAGCAAGACUAAGCUUCUAUAAAGCACUUCACAGGACUAGGACCCUGUCCUGGAGCUAUCUCAGGAAAAAGGUGACCAUUUGAGGAACUGUGACCUAAUUUUAUUAUAAUGAUGCCUCUAAUUUUUAUUUCCUUUACAACCAACUGUAACUAUUUGGUUGUAUUUUUUUUUGUUUAGUGUUAGCACACUCUUUUUUGAAUUCUAGACUCCUCUGUGUGAAGAUAUCAACAGACCAAACUACAACUGUAUAGGAUAUAUUUGGAGAAAGUUAAUUCUAUCAAUUGGUAGAUUUGGAUGACAUCACAUUUUUAAGUAAUGUAUUCUGAAGCCAUUGCUGAGGAAAUUAAGAAUUUUCUUUUUUUUAAACCACCCCCAGUGAAAGGACCAGUGUAUAUUUGCAGCACCUGUUUUUCAGUUCUGUCUGUUGCGAGGCACAUCCUGCAUGGGGCACUUCUAGCCAAAUAGGCAAUGAUAAGGACCUGAUUAAAAUGUACUAAGUAUAUACUAUUAUUUUAACAGCCUUUACAGUCAGUACUGCAGUUUACAUGGCACUUUCAUAGCAUCUCAUUUGAUGGUCACAGUCACAACAUGUGGUAGACAAGGCAGGUGAUUUGUAUCCCCAUUUUACAGGUAAGGAAACAGGCUGGGGGUGGGGAGUUGGGGGAGGUAAGGGUAGUUGCCUGAGGUCACACGGCCAGUAAGUGAUAGAGCUGGGACUGGAACCUAGGUUUCCUCACUCUCAUCUAUUGCUCCUCUGUAUUCCUCACUCAACCAUGAAAACAUUACUUGAAAGGACUGAUGAAGUUAACCAGAGACCCAACUGUUACUGUAACUUUUUAUUUUAAGGAAGAAUUGUAUCUGUAUUUCUUUGAGUUCUUUGGAGCCUCCAGUCUGCUUGUGUGUUAGACCAGCACAGCAGUGCUGUGAGAUGCAACCUGACCUGUGGCAGGACAGUAGUGCUUAAUGUUUGGAAGUCAUGUUUUUUUGCAGCCACACAGGAUCCAAAUAUCAGUACUAUUCCUGUAGUCAAUCUGGGGUCACAUUAUAGGUGCCUUAUUUCCCUAAGGGUAACUGUUUUGAAUAUCUGCAAAUAGGAUGAAUCUAUUUUUCAGAAGUUCUAUCUUUCUUUUUUUUUUUUUUUUUGAGACAGAGUCUCAUUCUGUCACCCAGGCUGGAGUGCAGUGGAAUGAUCUCGGCUGACUGCAACCUUUGCCUCCUGGGUUCAAGUGAUUCUCCUGCAUCAGCCUCCUAAGUAGUUGGGAUUACAGGUGUGCGCCACCAUGCUGGCUAAUUUAUGUAUUUUCAGUAGAGUCAGGGUUUUACCAUGUUAGCCAGGCUGGUCUUGAACUCCUGACCUCAGGUGAUUCACCCACCUUGGUCUCCCAAAGUGUUGGGAUUACAGGCAUGAGCCAACACACCUAGCCCUAUCUUUCAUUUUUUCAAAGAGAAGGGCAUUCUAAUAGGAACUGAUGCCAAGACAGGAGAAAAGAAGCGAUAACAGAAGAAAUGGCUAGUUACCAUAUUAAAAAGCUCCUCUUUGCGAUCUCCUCUGCAGGAAUAUCAGAGACAGAGUUGAAGCACUGGAGAAGUAAUAGGUCUAGACAGUACAGAAGAAUAACUGGGGAGUGUGUGAAGAUAGAGUGGGCUCCCACUUGCUUGAAAGGUCUCUGGCGUUUAAUUCUCAAUACUUGAUUACUGUUUUCCAAAGUAAAAUUGGCACAUAUGAUCUGACUACAGCACAGAGAAUUAUAAGUGAAAUAUCUUGCCUUACUUGCAUUAGUGGUGUGCCGUUCUUCACAGCAGCUAAGGCCCUCAGCCCUCUGUUUGGCAGAGGUAAAUAAGAAUCCAGGAAUGGAGGUCCACCUGUGAUGAGUGGCUUUUUUCUAAUCAAAGUAGUAUAAUGCUGAUCUAUUUUAUCAUCUUGCUUUAAAAAACAAACAACAACAAAAAAAACCCUUCAUUACAAUAUAGCACAAAGGCCAGGACUGAUGCAGAGAUUCCUUAAAAAUAGAAAUAUCAGUUCCCUAUCCCUUUUAAAACCUGAUUUUUGAUCUCUCUGUUCUAUGUAUCUCUUUAGUGAGAGCACAAUAAAUGGCAGAACACUAUAGAAAUGAAUGAUUUUGCUGUGAAGGUGUUUUUCAUGUGAUAUUUUAUAAACACAUUUUUAAAAAAUCUUCAUCACUUUGUAAUAUAGGAAGGAUAGCUUUGCCUGGGAAAAAUAAUUUCAAAACACCUGCUCAGAGUAGCAUUUCUCCCUCAAAAAAUCAGUGUUCAGCUUGAGCUGGAGUGUAAUGGUGCCAUCUUGGCUCACUGCAACCUCUGCCUCCUGGGUUCAAACAAUUCUCCUGCUCAGACUCCUGAGUAGCUGGGAUUACAGGGAUGUGCCACCACACCUGGCUAAUUUUUGUAUUUUUAGUAGAGAUGGGGUUUCACCAUGUUGACCAGGCUAUUCUCGAAAUCCUGACCUCGUGAUCCGCCUGCCUUGGCCUCCCAAAAUGUUGGGAUUACAGGUGUGAGCAACCUCAUAUGGCCCAGAUAGGUUUGUUUUUGUUUUUGUUUUUGUUUUUGUUUUUUGAGACAGAGUUUCGCUCUUGUUACCCAGGCUGGAGUGUAACGGCGCAGUCUCGGCUCACCGCAACCUCCGCCUCCUGGGUUCAGGCAAUUCUUCUGCCUCAGCCUCCCGAGUAGCUGGGACUACAGGCACAUGCCACCAUGCCCAGCUAAUUUUUUGUAUUUUUAGUAGAGACAGGGUUUCACCUUGUCAACCAGGAUGGUCUUGAUCUCUUGAUCUCAUGAUCCACCCUCCUCAGCCUCCCAAAGUGCUGGGAUUACAGGCGUGAGCCACCGCACCCGGCUGGCCCAGAUAUUUUUUAAUAGCUUUAGAUCAUAGGCUGAGUGAGGGAGUAAGUGUACUUGGCAAAUCCAUGGUUCUCUGAUUUCUAGCUCUAAAGCAGCCUUAUCUGAACCCCCAAAUCUUAUGAUGCAGGUACCACUACUGAACCAGUCUACGCGGUAGGCAUCUAUUAUCAAAAUUUACCUCCCGACUGGUAGGUGUCAUAUGAUAAGAAAGAAAGAUUAUUUUAAUCUUUUGGGAUAAUCAGAGAAAAUCGCAGCCCUUACUCUUUAUUAUUGAAUUCAAGUUUGGAAAUAGGCCCUUCGUUUUAAAUAAUAAUGGUCUUUAUUCCAACCAUUUAUUUGGGUCAUUUUUCCAACUUUGGAUUUCUAGGAGAGAACCUUGAAAACUUGUUAUGAAUCUGUAGCAUGAGGUCUGGGGUGACCAUUUGGGUAAAGCUCCAAUGGCAAUCAAUCAUUUAUUGUGUUUUGCACUUCCUGGGAUUUAUUGAAAUAAUAAAUCACUGUGAUUAUAUAGUCUUCUGGCCAGUAUCAGGCAGCUCUGCUUUUAAUUUGGUUAAUUUCAUUUUCUCUGAAGAGGGAGAAGAGGCACAAUUUAAUCUUUGCCUCCACAAGCAUAUUAAAGCUCGUGUGUUAAUCAGUGCAUUCUUAUGCUCUUAUAUUAAAUGCCUUGGAUAAAUGGACAUGUGCCCAGCUUUAAGUUUUUUUUGCAACGGAAAGAUCAGACUUCCGUACGGCAUUGUUGGAUUUCAGAGGCUCUUUGGUUUAUCUGUAAAUCUGAAUGUUGCCUUUACUUUCGCCAGUCUAGAUAACCAUGUAAUUCAUGCCGCAAAUGAAAUCAGGAAGUGGUAAAGUGUCAAAGCAAGAGGAGUGUCCAACACACUUGUCUUCCUGAUACUUGUACUGUGUCAGUGUUUACAUUACAUACUUAUAUUUCCUGUGAAAGAAAAAGUUAAAUAAAUUGUAGCAGUUUGA